AAAAAAAAACAAAAGAAAAACUUAUGUUUAACUUAUUUUUUUGGGCAUCCCAAUAAACCACCCAAUCAAUGACCUUGUAAUUAACAAGCAGUACACCAAAAACACAACUCCAAGAUUCUGUCUAAUCUUUCUUUCUUUCUCCCCCAAUAUCCCUCCAUCAAGAUUGAUUGUGGGGAUCGAUUACUUUAUCACAAAACUUGUGAUUUUGGACUAGAAUGACAAGAAUGGGAGUGGGUUUGAAGUUGAUUGAUGAUUUGUCAUCAUCUGAUUGGUGGGAGAUGAUUAAUGAAUCAAGAAAGUGGCAAGAUGGAAUUUUUUUCACUCUUUGUGCUUUUUAUGCCCUUGUUUCUGCUAUUGCACUUAUUCAGUUAAUUAGGAUCGAAAUAAGGGUGCCAGAGUAUGGCUGGACGACACAAAAGGUUUUCCAUCUCAUGAAUUUUAUUGUGAACGGAGUUCGUGCCAUUGUCUUCGGGUUUCACUUACAAGUGUUCAGUUUGCAUCCCAAGGUUUGCAUUUGGAUGUUAUUGGAAGUUCCCAGUCUACUAUUUUUUUCAACAUAUACUCUACUUGUCCUAUUUUGGGCAGAGAUAUAUCAUCAGGCUAAAAGUUUGCCAACGGAUAAACUUAGGGUUGUUUAUGUGUCAGUUAAUGCAGGGGUUUAUUUGAUCCAAGGUUGUCUUUGGCUAUACCUAUGGUUGGAUGAUAGCCACACAGUGCAAUUGCUCGGAAAGAUAUUUGUUGCAGUUGUAUCACUUAUGGCGGCGGUGGGUUUCCUGCUUUAUGGAGGAAGGUUAUUUGUCAUGCUGCGACAGUUUCCAAUUGAGUCUAAAGGGAGGCAGAAGAAGCUUCACGAGGUGGGAUCUGUGACAGGAAUAUGCUUUACCUGUUUUCUAGUAAGAUGCUUUAUGGAUGUCCUAUCUGCUUUUGAUUCACAAGCUUCAUUGGACGUACUUGAUCACCCGGUUUUAAAUUUGUUUUUCUACAUGCUUGUUGAGAUCCUCCCAUCAGCUCUGGUGCUCUACAUUCUUAGAAAGCUACCUCCCAAGAGAGUAUCGGCCCAAUACCACCCUAUUCGUUAGCAUCACCUGCAUUCAUUCGUCUGCCAGUGGAGUUCACAAAGUUAACAGUUUGUUUGAUGCUGUCGGAUUUGGGCAGACCACAAUAUAGACCUAAGCUGCUAUUUUGUUGUAGAAUUAUAGUAUCAGUUGUCAAUGCAACUUGAUUGGGGAAAUUUUUUUGAUCAAUUUCUUCAUUGAAAAUUUAGAACCUAUUAGUGGUGUCUAUACAUUUGAUCACCAUUAUGUAAUCUGAAGAAUUGUAGAACUCAGAAUUAGGUUUAUGUUUGUACCUUCUUUUUAACAAGUUUAUGUUUGUACCUGAUAUAAAGUAAAUUUUUUGGUGGCUUGUAA